AGAUGGUUUUGACAGGAGGCUUGAAAUCUCUCCUUCCCCAUGUGCUAAGAAGGAUAAUUCGAUACAACAGACUCAGUAUUAGUAAUACUUCUGGAAUGGCGGAGGGCUAUAAACAGGCCAAUGUCGUGAUUUUGCACAAGUCCCUGGCUGAUGACUUUGAGAAGUUUUGCCAUGCAAAUGAGGGACCCCUGCCGCUGCUGUACAGAAGUAAACCAGGUGAUUGGAAAUGUCCUUCUCUGAGUAUUGAUGCUGAUAUCAGAACUGACUGCCUACAGUACAGAAUAUAUGAGCAUGGAGUUUGUACCGGAUCACUGAAAAGCCUAAAGGAGUAUUCUGAACAACUUCAGGACAUGGUGACUUUUUAUUUAGGCUGCAGCUUCUCUUUUGAAAAAGCAGUCCAAAAUGCUGGCAUUCCCAUAAGAAACGUUGAGCAAAAGUGUAAUGUAAGCAUGUAUAAGACAGCCGUGCCUUGCUACAGCAUUUCCACUUUUUGCUGCAACUUAGUAGUCACAAUGAGACCUAUCCCCGAAAGCAAGCUGGAAGCAGCUGUGCGAGCAACAUCUGAAUUAAAAGCAGCCCAUGGGGCACCGAUUCACCUGGGUGGCCCUGGUCUGCUGGGAAUACAAGAUCUUUCCAAACCAGAUUAUGGAGAUCCAGUUCACCUUCACCCUGGUGACAUUCCGGUGUUUUGGGCCUGUGGAGUAACAGGAGUAGAAGCAGUCAUCAACUGCAGAGCUCCAUUAGCCUUUACUCAUUCUCCGGGCUGUAUGUUCAUUACCGACCUAAAGAAUGACAACAUCACAGUCAGAUCCUCAAGAGAAGUCCCACAAGUCCACUGCGUUUCUCGAGAUCCUCUGCAUUAUAGUAUUGUGUCAACAGAAGCAGCCCAGAAGAUAAAGACUUUAGAGACCCUAAUUGGAAUAGACCCAGGAGACCGGGGUAUAAUUCAUCUACGCCGCCAGGACGAGCUGCUGAAGGCUUGCCUGUCCAUCUCCCAUGCCCGGUCGGUGCUGAUAACAACUGGAUUUCCUACCCACUUCACUCACGAGCCGCCAGAGGAGAACGACGGGCCCCCGGGAGCCCUCGCUAUUGCGGCUCUAUUGCAGGCCUUGGAGAAAGAGGUUGCCAUAGUAACAGAUCAGAGAGCCGUGAAUCUGAAUAAAAAGAUUAUUGAAGAGGCUGUUCAACUAGGAAUCCUGAAGAGACCUGUUCCUCUACUGAGUUAUCAAAGGGAAAGUGCUGAUUCAGCUUUAAUGUUUUUGUGUGAGAAUGGGAAUCCUGGAAGACCUAGAUUUGAUCACCUGAUAGCAAUAGAGCGUGCUGGGAUGGCUGCUGAUGGCAAUUAUUACAAUGCCAGGAAAGUUAACAUUAAACAUCUAGUGGAUCCCAUAGAUGAACUAUUUUUAGCUGCACAAACCAUUCCAGGAGUCACAACAACAGGUGUUGGAGAUGGAGGAAAUGAAUUAGGAAUGGGCAAAGUAAAAGAUGCUGUAAAGAAGCACAUAAAAAAUGGAGAUGUGAUAGCUUGUGAAGAUUUUACUGUGGUAGCUGGGGUCUCUAACUGGGGAGGCUAUGCCAUUGCUUGCGCUCUGUAUAUUCUCAGCACUUGUGAAAUACAUGACCGUUAUCUGAGGAAAGCUGUUGGGUUUCCACAGUUAUCAAAGAAGAUGGUCUGGCUGUCGGCACUUCCGUCAGUUACCAAGGAAGAAAAGCUUCUGAAAAUACUUGUGCAGCACGGGGUCCGCAGUGGAAAAACUGCCAGUCUAGAAAUGGAAGUGGACGGGCUGCCCUUCUACAACACCCACUCACUUAUGAUUGAAAAGCUGCUGCAAGAAGUGCAGCAGUGACUGCCCCUAAUGAUUUCUAUAUCAAGAGUUGCUCCUGUGUCACUUCCUUAUUCCCUACCCUCUCACAAGGUAUAAAAGAUCGGAAAAAGAUGACU